AGCUCUUGUGGGCCAUUAGGUUUUUUAGUCCUCUGUUCUGCUGUUUGGAGAGAUAUCAAGUCACUUUGGUACUGAAAAUUACUGUAAUUUUCCCAGGAAUUUACUAUAUCAAACAGGUAUGGUGGUGCUGUUGUCUUCGACAAACCCAUUAGACCAGCAUAGCUGUUAAGUGACAGCUUAAGUGAAUUAAGUGACACAGAACUUUUGGCUGGGCAGCCAUGUGAUAGACAAUUCCCAGGACAAGCUCUGCUUUCCAUGGAGCCUAGGGCAAAGGCCAAAAAAGCAGGACAGAGGAUUGGACAACUCAUCUCAGAGAAGACCUUGGGUCUGAGUAAAUAUUAAAUCUCACCGGUGUUUACACAUGGCUUUGUGUGUGCCUCAUUUUGGAUGAGCCUGUGUCAGGUGAACAAUACCAGAGAAGGCUUCAAAUAAGGUAACCAUGACUGAAGGAGAAGAACAGGAGGAGGAUCCAGUGGAAUUACCACCACGAAACAGAGAGAAGAAUAAAGUGAUUAUUUGCCAACGCUGCAUCCCAGUUUUGAUAGUCUUGGUGCUGUUGGGUGGAGCUGGAGCAAUAACUUGGUAUUUCUUAGACUACAGACCGCGGUAUUUGGAUUCUGCUCAUCUGCAUUUCUACUCUGGCAGCUUGAGGAUCAUCAAUCGGCAGUAUUCCCAGGAUCAUGGCAGAAUGGAAUCCAGAGCUUUCUGGACAGAGAGAUCAAAGAUACAGAAGAUGUUAAAAGACCUAAUUCAUGCCACUAACCUGGCCUCUUUCUACAACUCCAGUGCUGUCUAUGCCUUUGGAGAAGGGUCUUUGACAUGCUUCUUCUGGCUCGCCCUUCAAGUCCCAAAAGAUCGGCAUGUGGAGGUGACAGUGGAAGAAAUAAAAGACACACUCUAUAAUGAACUUCUUAUCAGCUUCAACAGAACAGGUUACCUGUCUUAUCAGAAUGAAUACAAAAUUGAUCCAGAAUCUUUAAUUUUAUUGGAAUCCAGUCUCAAAGACAUAAUAGUGCUGAAAUCCACCUUGGGCUGCUAUAGGUACAGCUACAUCAGAGAGGAUGUGGUUCUAAAGCUGAAAGGUCCAGACUAUUUAGCCUCCAGCUGCCUUUGGCAUCUCCAUGGCCCCAAAGGUCACAUGCUCAAGCUUCACCUGGAAUGGACUCUCUCAGAAUGCAGGGACCGGUUGGCAAUGUAUGAUGCAGCUGGGCCAUUGGAGAAACAGCUCAUCACUUCACUAUAUGGGUGUAGCCGGCAGGAACCUGUGGUUGAAGUUCUAUCUUCUGGCCCAGUCAUGUCUAUUGUAUGGAAGAAGGGGAUGUAUAGCUACUAUGAUCCUUUCAUACUCUCUGCUCAGGCUGUGCCCUUUGAAGCCUGCCAGAUGAAUCUAACACUGAAAGAAAGCUGGGGACGGCAAGGGAAUAUCAAGACUCCUUACUACCCAAGUUACUAUGCACCAAAUACACAAUGCACUUGGCACAUGAUGGUUCCAUCUCUGGAAUAUGGAGUUGUUCUUUGGUUUGAUGCUUACACUCUCAGGAGGCAGAAGUACGACCUUCCAUGUACUCAAGGCCAAUGGACCAUCCAGAACAGAAAAUUCUGUGGUCUGCGGAUUUUGCAAGCCUAUGCCGAAAGAAUCCCUGUGAUGUCUAGAGCUGGUGUCACCAUCAACUUUACUUCUCAGAUCUCCCUAACAGGGCCUGGAGUGUGGGCUGCUUACAGUCUAUAUAAUCAGUCAGACCCAUGCCCCAGAGAGUUCCUUUGCCUUGUAAAUGGUUUAUGUGUGCCAGCUUGUGAUGGAAUUGAAGACUGUCCCAAUGGGCUAGAUGAGAGAAACUGUGUCUGCCCUGCAAAAUUUCAGUGUCAGGAAGACAGCAUGUGCAUCGAGUUCUCCAAGCUCUGUGAUAAACAUCUAGAUUGCAUCAAUGGGAGUGACGAGGAGCAAUGCAAUGAAGGAAUCCCUUGUGGACUUUACACUUACCAAUGUGCUGAUGGGAACUGUGUGAAGAAGUCCAACCCUCAAUGUGACUCGGUCCCUGAUUGCAAGGAUCAAUCGGAUGAAAUGCAUUGUGACUGUGGAGUGCAGGAGGCAGGAACACACAGAAUUAUUGGUGGGGCUCAUUCUGUGGAAGGGGAGUGGCCUUGGCAAGCAAGUUUGCAAGUGCGUGGGCACCACCUUUGUGGGGGAACGUUGAUUGCAGAUCGCUGGGUGAUCACUGCAGCUCACUGUUUCCAGGAAGACAGUCACGUUUCCCCCACAGUCUGGACCGUAUACCUGGGCAAGCACUUUCUGAAUGCCAGUAGCCACAAUGAGGUUUCCUUCAAAGUGAACCGCAUCCUGCAGCAUCCCUACUAUGAAGAAGACAGCCACGACUAUGAUGUGGCUCUGUUGCAGCUUGACCAUCCAGUCAUCUAUUCUGCUUUCAUCCAGCCCGUUUGCUUGCCUGCCAGCUCCCACCUCUUUGAGCCUGGCCUCUUGUGUUGGGUCACAGGCUGGGGUGCAGCCAAGGAAGGAGGUCCUACAAGCAAGAUUUUGCAAAAAGUGGAUGUGCAAUUAGUUCAGCAAGACAUUUGCAGUGAAGCUUAUCACUAUCAGGUCUCUCCCAGGAUGCUUUGUGCUGGCUACCACGAGGGCAAAAAGGACUCCUGUCAGGGAGAUUCUGGAGGACCUCUUGUUUGCCAGGAAGUCAGUGGCAAAUGGUUUCUAGCUGGUGUGGUGAGCUGGGGAAUGGGCUGUGCACGUCCCAAUAACUAUGGAGUGUAUACCAGAAUUACUAGUGUAAAGGAAUGGAUGAAACAAACUAUGUCAAAUUGAGCAUCGUUCUAAAUCCCUCCUUUUGUUACAAGGAAACACUAUCAAGGAGACAUUUUUAGUCCUUGUCCCACUGUUUCAAAUAGCCAAAACUGUGGGAGACAUCCCAUCUUACACCUGGCUCCUGUUGCACCUGAUAUUCAAGUACUGGUCUUUAAGGAUGUUUUAGUGUGUGGAGAAGCCUAAGAAGGCAAUUGAAGAAAGAUUGUUCAAAAUAAAUAUAACAUUUGAGAUGCUGCUCUAAUGAAACAAUAGAGAGGUAUGGUGUCCUCCUUCAAAAGGUAUUGACUGUAGACUGGUCCUUAGAUUAGUUUGGAUGGAAAAUCCAAGUCAUUAGGAAAUUUGAUUCUCUUCAAUGUUAAAUGUGGGAGUAGAAAUUGGAAGUCCAUCCAGUUUUUCUUGUAUUAUUUAAAAACCAAUUCCCAAAUGGUAGUGACCAAAACACUGAGAAAUGGGAGGAGCUGUUUGUGGAAUGUUAAGAGAAGAACAUCAGGUGAAUUUUGUAUUAUUACUUACAUGACUCAUGCCUUAUCUACGUGCUGAUUAUUUGAAAAAAAUUAUGCAUGGAUUUUCCUACUGCUAAGAUUACUGGAGUUUUCAAAGGACGUAUCUGGAAAGAAACCCUCAAUGAACAGAAUACAAAUGUAUUUCAAGGUGAUAUCCUUAUCCAACAGUAAUCACCCACCUACUGCAGCUUCACCCCAAACUACCGUGUGGAUGAGGUAGGAGGAGACACCUCUUAAUUUAAGACUGGCAAUAAAAAUCCUUAAAAUGCCAAAUCAGAAAACAGAGACUAUUGUCCCAUGUGUUUGCAUAAUGGUCCUGCUUGCACAAAAUGGCCGAUUUAGUGAUCUCUUUCCUUGGCAAACUGAUCCAUCAUUAUGUCCUGACAGUGCACGAUAUCUGACAGCCAUUUUCUUUAGGUCUCCAGGAAAGAAGUGUGCCGCCAGAGCAAAACAACCUCCUUCUACUUUAAGGCAUCCAAGUAGAUUGACUCCUUUUGCAAAAUUAAGAUUCUCUGCCUUGCAUGAGAUCAUUUCAUCGAUCUGGACUGAAGAGCAGAGCUGUUUUGCAGUCAAAAUGUUUACUGCAAAUUUAAAUAAGAUUUCAGGCACCUUGCAUCGUUUGACAGCAAAAGAGAAAUUCUGUCAAUAAAUGCAAGGGAUCUUGUACAGAAAUUAUAAUGAAACUAUUCUGAAAAUGAUAUAAACAUGCUUCAGAGAUUUCCAAUACCUGCACCCUGAAGUAUGCCUCUUGCCAACAAGAGGAUGUUUGUUGCACAACAUACAUUUUUUUGUUUACUUGCACAAUCAUGAUAUAUUUGUUCUUAGCAAAAACUGUAGAGCUUUUAUUUUAACAUCCCAUCAACUUGGACAUACCCCUUACAAUGAUAUUAUGACUUUAAAUGUAGCAGGACUGUGGCAGGCUAGCAUUAUAUGGGUUGAAGCUACUGGACUCACUCUGAAGUAGAAUUACCAUCACCUCCUAAAAAAUAGAAGAACUGGUAAACACAAGAGGACCUUAUUAAAUUGGUAACUUACUCAUUCUAGAAGUAUCAUCCUAGGAUGAUACUUCCCCAUGUUUUGUUUAAGCCAGUGUGUCAAACUCAAUUUCAUUGAGGGUCACAUUCGGGUUGUGUUUGACCUUGUGUGGCCAGGUUGGGCAUGGCCAGCUCGACGACAGUCAUGUGAGGGGCGCCUGUGGUGGCCUGAGUGCUCUGCCAGCAAAAACGGGCUCCCGAGCUAUGUUUCAGCUAUGACGGUCUCCUGCAACCUUUUGCCAGCAAAAACGGAGCUCAAGAAAGUCGCACACAGCUCUCCUGACCUCCAUUUUCGCUGGCAGAGGCACUGCGGGCCGGUCCUUCACUGUUUCCAGGGUGGCCCUGCAGGCCAAAUCUAAGCACUCUUGGGCUGGAUCCGGCCCCUGGACCUUGAGUUUGACACCCCCGAUUUAAGCUGAUAAGCUGCUAGCAAUUGCCCCAUGCUUAUUCAUAAUCAAUGAAGAGGAGGUCAACCUGUUCUCCAAAGCACCCUGAAGACAGAACAAGAAGGAAUGGAUGGAAAGUAAUCAAGAAGAGAAGCAACAUAGAACUAAGGAGAAAUUUCCUGACAGUUAGAACAAUAAAUCAGUGGAACAAGAAGAAAUUGUGGAUGUUCCACCACUGGAGUUUUUUAAAAAAAUAUAUUGGAGAACCAUUUGUCAGAAAUGGCAUAGGGUCUCCUACUUGUGCAGGGGAUUGGACUAGAAGACCUCCAGGGUCCCUUCCCACUCUGCUAUUCUGUGAAUUCCAAAGCAAUGAACUUGGUUUCAGAACUAAUUAAAAACACACUUCUUGUGAUAUGGGUGGUUAUAUACAUUUGAUAAAUAAAUACAAUUAUGGUGCCACCAGAAACGGCUCAUUGCAUUCUAAACUAGUCCAAAUUGUUUUGGCACCGAAGGGGGCCAAAUCUUUUAAGAAAUUCUGCUUUCCACCAGAGGGCAGAAAGAACACACAAACUCAAAACCAAUAACUAUUUUGUAAUUCUUCCAUGACAUAUAGCUGGUUCCUGAAGCUGUUACUUCAACCUGAUAAGACCAUUCAUGCCUGGUUUGAAUCAAUAGUCUUUUAGAGUGCAUUCUCUAAUACUGAAAGUGUUCCUAGUUCCUUCUUCAGUCACAAAAUUGAAUUCAUGUUUUCAAAAAAGUGUAUAGUUGCACAUAAAAGGCUGAAUUCAUACUUGGAACAUUUUUUUCUAAAUGGCAAUGCUUUUAAAAAACAACUUUUAAAUACUUCAGAGAGGUUAAAACUGUGCGUGUUUUGCUAACCGUUUAAAUUCCAGAGUCCUUAAUAAAAUUAUGGCUGAGAUUGCA